AUGGCGUCCCAAAUGGUCGGAGGGCAAAGCGAUGACGUUCACCAACCUGCGACUGAUCUCCGUUCCGCUCAGCUAGAAGAAUAUGUUUUCCCCGACCAGCGCCUAAAGCGCAAGAUGAGUGACCCCGAGAAGACGCCGUUGCUCUUGGUGGCGUGUGGUUCUUUCUCUCCCAUUACUUAUCUGCACCUGCGCAUGUUUGAGAUGGCUGCCGACUUCGUCAAGUUCAGCACCGAUUUCGAACUUCUAGGCGGUUAUUUGUCCCCCGUAUCCGAUGCUUAUCGCAAGGCGGGGCUCGCCAGUGCUAACCACCGUAUCGCCAUGUGUCAGUUAGCCGUGGAACAGACCUCAGAUUGGCUUAUGGUAGAUACCUGGGAGCCUACACAGAAGGAAUAUCAACCGACCGCUGUGGUGUUAGAUCAUUUUGACCAUGAAAUCAACACUGUGAGAGGUGGUGUGGAGGCAGCUGAUGGCCAAAUGAAGAAGGUCCGCAUUGCCUUGUUGGCCGGUGCUGAUCUUAUACACACCAUGUCUACCCCGGGUGUCUGGAGUCAGAAGGAUCUGGACCACAUCUUAGGCAAAUAUGGGUCAUUCAUCGUUGAGCGCAGUGGCACCGAUAUCGACGAAGCUCUUGCGAGCUUGCAGCCUUGGAAGGACAACAUUCACGUCAUUCAGCAACUUAUUCAGAACGAUGUCAGUAGCACUAAGAUCCGCCUGUUCUUGCGACGUGAGAUGAGCGUACGCUAUCUGAUCCCGGUCCCGGUCAUUCACUACAUCGAACAACAUCACCUCUACGAAGAUGAUGGAACGACGAACGAAAAGGGCAAGGACAAGGCAGGGUGA